CUCUGGGGUGGGGACUGAUGAGCUGCCCUGGGCUGGGCUGUGGGGAGAGACGAGCGUCCCCUCUGCUCCUCCAGCCCGCAGCCAGGGGAGGGAUGGCCCUGGAAAACUGAACUCCUGGGGAAAACACAGCUCACGGGAAAGGGGGUCCUGGAAAAUUUCUAAGUGCUGCUGCUUUGCCCAGCCACUUUGGCUGGGAGCCUCCCACGUGCCUCUGCUCCCCUUGUGAGAGGAGGAGGAUUCUGUGAAAACUCGUGGCAGGAUGAGGAGCUGGCACCACAGGGACCAUCUGCCAGAUCUGCUGCAGCAUCUCUGGUGUAACAGAGCUUGCCUGGCCAGCACCCAUCAGCUGCUCAGCACUGUGUGAGGAGCUGUGAAUGCAUGGGAACAUGGGGGUUUACAGACAGUUGGGCUAUUUUAAUUUUUUAAGUUACUUUAAAAAGAAAAAGAAAACAGCCAAAAACCAAAUACAUGGCAGGGUGGGUUUUUUUUGGGAACUCUGCAAAAAAUUCAGCGUCUGUGAGAGGCGGCAGUGUGGAAUGCAGUGUUAGGCAGGGGACAGCAGUACAGUGGGGCCAGGUGAGCAAUCUCCCUGUGAAACUUCCUUCUCCCAGAAUCUUUCCCACAUGGUCCCGAGCACCCUCCGGAUCUGCCUUCCCUCCCGUUACACAGGCGCUGCCUGCUCCUGCCUUUCCUCCUUCCUCAUGCAUGGGUGAUGCACAGGGCAGUGUGUGUGACAAGAUAGCAAUUCUGCAAGAUUCCCACACCUCUCUCUCCCCAUCUUUGGCUCUGUGUCCCAGCCCUGUGCGUGACAGGGCAGCUCAUAAGGAAACAGGAUGGGAUAUACUGCCCUGACACCCUCUGGCUGCACCCAGCCCUGAGUGCUGCAGUGUGAGAGGCUCCCGGGACAGGGUCUCUCAUGAGGCUGUGACUUUCCCCUGCAGGCAGCCUGGCUGGGCAUCAACAUCUUCCUCUUCACCUACUACUUUCUGUUCUUUGACCGGGAUGAGCAGUAUUUCUACACCAGAGCCAUCCUUGGGUUCCCAGCCCAGCAUCACUCAGUCCCAGCUCAGCACUGAACUGACCCAGUCCUGGCACAGCACGACAGGACAGUGGUGCUCACCUCUCUUCUCUGCAGUCUGCCUUGGCGUGGGCUCGAGCAUCAGCCAAGUGCCUCAACUUCAACAGCAUGCUGGUCCUGCUGCCCGUCUGCCGCAACCUGCUCUCCUUCCUCCGCGGGACCUGCUCUUGCUGCCGGCGGACGUUGCGGAAGCAGCUGGACCACAACCUCACCUUCCACAAGCUGGUGGCCUACACGCUGGCCCUGCUCACAGCUGUGCACACCAUCGCCCACCUCUUCAACCUGGAGCGCUACAACCAGAGCCAGCAGGCCACCGAUGGCAGCCUCCCCGCUGUCCUCUCCAAAAUGCACCUACAGGGCAGCAAGUGGCUGAACCCCAUCCACUCCAACCAGACAACCGUCGAGUAUGUGGCUUUCACAACCAUCCCGGGACUGACGGGGGUGAUCAUCACGCUGGCACUCAUCCUCAUGGUCACAUCCUCCACCGAGUUCAUCCGCAGGAACUACUUUGAGCUCUUCUGGUACACACACCACCUCUUCCUCGUCUACUUCGCUGGCCUCGUCAUCCACGGCAUCGCUGGGCUGGUGCGUGGGCAGACGGAGCAGAGCAUGGCAGAGGUGCACCCCUACCACUGCUCCGAGUACCUCGCCCUGCGGGACCAGAACUGCACCCACAACUGCUGCAAAGACCCUGAGUUCGGGAGCAUCCCUGCCGAGUCCUGGAAGUGGGUUCUUGCCCCCAUCAUCCUCUAUGUUUUUGAGCGGAUCCUGCGGGUCUGGCGUGCACAGCAGAAGGUGGUUGUCACCAAGGUGGUCAUGCACCCUGCCCGCGUGCUGGAGCUGCAGAUGCAGAAGAAGGGCUUUUGCAUGGAGGUGGGGCAGUACAUUUUCAUCAACUGCCCCUCCAUCUCCCCGCUGGAGUGGCACCCCUUCACCCUCACCUCUGCACCCGAGGAGGAUUUCUUCUCCAUCCACAUCCGGGCAGCUGGUGACUGGACAGAGCGUCUCAUUGACACCUUCCAAUUGGAAAUACCCAGGAUCGAGGUGGAUGGUCCCUUUGGCACGGCCAGCGAAGACGUGUUCCAGUACGAGGUGGCCAUGCUGGUUGGAGCGGGCAUCGGUGUCACCCCCUUCGCCUCCAUCCUCAAGUCCAUCUGGUACAAGUUCCAGCAGGCUGACCAGACCCUCAAGACCAAGAAGAUCUACUUCUACUGGCUCUGCCGGGACACGGGAGCCUUUGCCUGGUUCAACGACCUGCUUGCCUCCCUGGAGCAGAAGAUGGCCGAGUCGGGCAAGGCAGACUUCCUCACCUACCGUCUCUUCCUCACAGGCUGGGACACCAGCAUUGCCAACAACGUGGCGCUCCACUUCGACACCGCUACGGACACAGUGACAGGGCUGAGGCACAAAACCAUCUUCGGGCGGCCCAUGUGGAACAUGGAGUUUGCAGCGGUGGCUGCAGCCCACCCCAGGUCAGUGGUCGGUGUGUUCCUUUGUGGGCCAGAGGCCCUGGCAAAGAGCCUGCAGAAGUCUUGUCACCAGCACUCCAGCCUGGACCCCAGGAAGGUCAAAUUCUACUUCAACAAGGAAAACUUUUAAGUGGCAGCGAGGCUGGUGCCCCAGCGGGCAGGGACCCUGAUUGCCUCUUCCAAAGCAAGGCCAGGGAUGAGCAUCUGUGCACGCACUGAAGGCAGGCAGGACACAGCAAGGUACUGCGUCUCCAUGAGAAACUCCAGGUUCAAAGACUGCUGUCCACCUGUCCUGGUGUACAAGGGGUCCUCAUGGAGCAAGUGGGCCUGGAGCUCCUGGCAGCCCCCUCACUGGGAAACCACUCGUUCUGAGAUGCUGCUGGAGCAGUGGGAAGCAGUGGGAGCCCAGCAGGUUGGGCAGAACCACGGGAUGGGGAUGGGACGUGGGCAUCCACGCAGGUGUCAGGGGCCAAACAUGCCUCAGAGCCUAAACAGUCUUUUGUAUAAGAAUAAAUU